AUGUCCGACAACCCUCCUCCACCUCCAACGAUUGAAUCGUUAUCACUAUCCGCCGCAGAGUCAAAGACAGAGCGUGCGACGGGCCGCAGCAACAGCUUUUCCCAGCAGUCGCGGGCAUCCGACGACUCUCAAACCGCCGCCGACUUUCUUCGCGACCAGGAAAUCCUCGAAGCUGACGCUCGCGAGGCUCUGCCUUAUAGCAUCGAAACAUGCACCAAGAUCCUCGGCCCGCUUCGACAGAGCGUUUUCGCUUGUUUGACCUGCAACCCUGCGCCGACAAAGCCUGAAGAUGCCUGGAACCCGGCGGGCAUGUGCUACGCCUGCUCAGUCUCGUGUCAUGGCGAGCAUACACUUGUCGAGAUCUUCCAGAAGCGAAAUUUCACAUGCGACUGCGGAACCACACGCUUCCCGUCCAGCAGCCCAUGCACGCUACGCGUCAAUAGCGAGACCAAUACCAAGGGCAACGUACACUCUGAGGAGCCGGAUGCCAACAACAAGUACAACCACAAUUUCAAGAACCGAUUCUGCUGCUGCGAAUGCGACUAUGAUCCAUUUGAGCAAAAGGGAACCAUGUUCCAAUGCCUUGGGCUGGGCACCGCCGAGACUGGAGGCUGUGGAGAGGAUUGGUAUCACCCGGGCUGCCUGGUAGGCAUGGGGCCCAACUGGUUUGAGCAGAUGAACAAGAGCAAAUCAAAGGCUCUACCAAAAGAGACUGAGAAGAAGGGAGGUGCGCUUGCAACAAUUACCGAAAAAGACGAGGCCCAGUCAAAUAACGACACAACAGAGGCCGCAGACGACGUGGCAGUGGAGGAUGACGAUGACGAGACGCCGAUGCCUCCCGGAUUUCCGGCUGAAGACGACUUUGAAGGGUUCUUGUGUUACAAGUGCGUGGAAGCAAAUCCUUGGAUCAAACAAUAUGCAGGAACCUCGGGCUUCCUACCAGCUCUGUUCCUGGAGCAGCCCGAGGCUUCUGCAGCAUCACCAUCCAAUGAGAGCACGGCAACAGCUGCAUCCAAGAAGCGCAAGGCUGAAGACGAGGAGGAUGAAGAGGCAGCAGACGCGAAGCGCAUUAAGAGCGAGGACCAAACGUCAACUAUCGAGUCUGCUGCAAUGGAAGACGUUGCAGCACAGCCCACUGAGGCUACUGCCAAGCCAGGAGAACACGCCGCAGAGGAAGAAACCAAGGAUAGCGGUCCAACAUCGUGCAAGCUACCUAAUCUACCCGUCGCACCGCAAGGCCGCUUCUCUCUCUUCUUUAAAGAAGACUUCCGCGAGAAACUCUGCCACUGCUCAGGCUGCUACGGCAAACUCAACGCCCACCCCCAACUCCUAGAAGAAGAAGAAGUCUAUGAGCCCCCUCUGUCAGACGACGGCGCCUCCCAACACGGCGGCUCGACCCACGGAAGCGGCAGUCUACUAGACCGCGGCGAGAGCGCCCUGCGCAACAUGGACCGCGUCAAGGCCAUUGAGGGCGUCAUGGCGUACAACCACCUCAAGGAGCAGCUCACGCCCUUCUUCAAGCAGUUUGCCGAGAGCGGCAAGGCCGUGGGCGCAGAGGACAUCAAGGCGUACUUUGCGAAGCUGCGUGGCGAUGAGCAGGGCAUCAAGGAGGCGGGCGAGGCAGCGGCUUCGUCCAAGGAGAACAGGGACGGAGAGGAUGAUGGCCGACGCGAGCAGAGCGGGUAUUAG